AUGUUUUUAAAAUCCCAAAACUUUGUCUUUAGUUAUUUUUAUGGAAAAUCUGACUAUGAAAAAUGUAGGGUUAUUUUGCUAAGAGUGAAUGAAAUAUUAGAAAAUAAUGUGCAUCAAAAGUUUAGAAUGCCUUGCUACUUUAUUCAAUGAGCAGAGUUAUAUAUAUCUUUAAAUGAAAUCGAAAAAGCUGAAAAAUGCUUGAGUAAAGCAGAAAAAUUAUUGUUUUCUCAAAAAAAUAUAGCAAUCAAGGAUCUGAGUUGUAUUGGUGACUAUAUAGAUGUUGCAAAUAUUUAUAUUAAUUUAUCAAAUAAUUCUGAUAAAACAAAUUUUCAAAAGGCAGAAAAAAUUUUAAAAUACGUUGAAGAGGUUGUUAACGAAAAGAGACGCAAUGAUCGAUUUUCGAAAUUAGCUAUAUAUUACUGUCUUGGAAAGUUGUAUUUUAAAGAGCAAAGAUGGGAAUAUUCAAAACUUUACAAUCAAAAAUCAUUCGAUUUAUAUAAGAAAUUCACCUAUAACCCAAACGUAGCGAGAGAUCUUAAACAUAGAAUCGAUUCAUUGAUGAAAUAUUGGAAAUUUAUGGAUAGAAAGUUUAAAAUAAAUACCUAA